AUGGGAUGCUGCCUCCAGUCCCAAUCGACCCAAGUUUCUUCCCAGAGGGUCCCGGAGUCCGCUCCAAGUUUGCUGCGGCUGGCGGACGGCCGCGCGCCCCGUCCGAAGAGGGGGGCGGAGAGGGGGAGGGCGCGGGAGCGGGGGUGGGGGACUCGGAGGGGGAGGAGCAGGAGCGCGCGGCCUCGGUGCUACCUUUCUGCAAACAACGUUGCCACACGCGGAGAGCACCGAGAUUUCUGGGGCUUCGGAGGGAAUCGCGAGCGAGGGGGCGGGCUGCGAUCGGGGGACCACACAGGCGCCCCCACCCCCGCGCUGCACCCCCAGCCUAUUCACUGCGCGUCCCCCACGAGAAUACUGAAGCCCGACGACCCAAAAACGGGAGCAGCAGGCGUUGGAGCGAAAAGGAAAGGUGUGGGAGACGGGACUUACUUUCCGAGGCGCCGUGUUGAGCGCUGCAGACGAGAAAUAAAGGCCCGGAACCGGGCAACCUUGAACCCCGCGAACGCGGCAAUGUCAGCGUUCCAGUCGGGGCGGCGGCGGUCGCAGGGCACCGGGACGGGGACGGGGACGGGGACGGGCGCGCGUGCGGCGGACGCUCGCGCUGCGCUCCGGCUCGGCCCGGCUCCGCGCGGCUCCGCGCCUGGCUCCCCUCUGGCUCCUGGCACCGACUCGGGCAGUCACAUGACGCCGGCGCCGCUCGCUCUGCGAGCCUCCCGGGGAUGGCGGGGCUUGGAGACCCCCGAAGCAAACUUCCCACGGGCCAGGCCUGCCACUGGAGAGAAAACGAGACCGGUAGCAGCCGCGUCUGCUCAGCGGGCCCUGCCUGAAAACUUGGCAAACUUAGGUCCGGAACCUCCACCUCGGGGGAGAACUGCGGCCGAGCUGUGGGCUCGGCCCGCGACCUUUCAUUUCUGCUCGCUUCCCUGGAACCAAGCGCGGGCGUGCUCAGUGGCCAUCACCGAGCUCAGAGCGGGGUGGCGGAAACGAGCUUUCUUGUCCAAGCCAGGCCUCUUGGAGGAUUUUGUAUAGCUUGGUAUCCGACUUUAUAAUGUUUUUGAGUUUCUUUUAAAACAAUAUUAAUGUAAUAAAGAAUGCAAUAAAAAGAACAAAGGACAAAUUGGUU